AUGUUUUUCAUCGAGGACGCUGACCGCGUAUUUUGCCCGACGGCAAUGCUGAACGGAAGACAUCGUCCCGUGAAGGAGAAGGACUUUGUACUGGAAAUGGCGGUCAUUGCGAUUGUAAUUGUUGUUUCGCAGAACAGCAACGUCCGCCGUCUCACGGAAAACAAUACGGGGAUGCACAGAGGCCGUGUACUGCAACUGGGACAAGUACGUAGAGCCUUCAUAGCCGCGGCGCUGACGAAUGUACGUCAUAGCUACAUUCUUUGUCGUGACUGGCAGAGUCUAGAUGUCCGUAGGGCCGUAACUUGCGCGUACGGUCAGCUCAGCUCCAACACCCACUCGAUAUCGUUGCUACACCGCGACGGCUUGCAGACGCAAUGA